CUGAUACUCCACUGGCUGAAAUACAUACCCAUCCUGAGCGUCUCUGUUUACGGAGUACGGUCGCGCAGGCGCCGAAGGGGACAGUGUCUGGACUAGAUUGGGCGUCCACGCCUCUGUUGUAGCAGUGCUGUUUUCGUUUUUGGCAAGAGGAUGGCUGAGGUAGAAGAAACCUUAAAACGAAUUCAGAGCCAGAAGGGAGUGCAAGGGAUCAUUGUUGUCAAUGCAGAAGGCAUUCCAAUUAAAAGUACCAUGGACAACUCCACCACCAUGCAGUACGCCAACCUGAUGCACAGCUUCAUUCUCAAGGCUCGGGGCACUGUGCGAGACAUUGACCCCCAGAACGAUCUCACAUUCCUCCGCAUUCGGUCCAAGAAAAAUGAGAUCAUGGUUGCUCCAGAUAAAGAUUACUUCCUGAUUGUCAUCCAGAAUCCAACAGAAUAAUUUGCCGUAUUUUUGGUGCCAUUUUUUUUCCUUUAAAUUAAUAGUCUCCCUGAAAGAAAGCAUUAGUGUUCAUUCUCUCUCACCAUUGAAUGGCAUGUAGAAAACCAAACAAUGAUGUGGGGCUGGAUUUGCUGAGAUCAUGUGACCUGAGGCAUAUCCCAGAUUGAUUUUCUUAACCUUUUAUCCACCUUGAAUCUUCAGAGGCUGGAACUGGGAUCUUCAGCCAUGGGCACCCAAGUCCUGAGCUUCUCUUUGGCAAGGCCCCUCCCUUUCUCCUGACAGUGACCCAAUGUGUACAUGAAACCCCCAUUUCAGGCUCUGAGCUUUAGGUUUUAAUUUCAUUGCUGUUUUGAAAGGCUAACUAAAAAUAACUAUACCGAUUA